AAGGAAAGGCGGUUUUCUUUAUGGUUACUUAUGGUGAUUUUCCAACACAGGUCCUGUUAUUUAUUUAUUUUCUUGUUUUGAGGCGUUAAAUCAACCUGAAUUUCUAUAGAGCUCGGAUGUAAACUUCAACAACUGACGGGGAUAACAUCAUAAUGGAAACUAAUGGUGUUAUAACAUUUCAUCAGUGUACAAAAUGUGAUGAAAUUUUUCAACAUUCUUAUGAUUUGGAAAACCACUUCAAAGUGCAUGUUAAAGAAGAGAAAACUGAUGAUGUAGAUGAAUAUUGUCCUGUUAAAGAAGAGAAAACUGAUGAUGUAGAUGAAUAUUGUCCUGUUAAAGAAGAGAAAACUGAUGAUGUAGAUGAAAAUUGUCAUGUUAAAGAAGAGAAAACUGUUGGUGUAGAUGAAUAUCGUCAUGUUAAAGAAGAGAAAACUUAUGAUUUAGAUGAAGAUUGUCAUGUUAAAAAAGAGAAAACUGAUGAUGUAGAUGAAUAUUGUCAUGUUAAAGAAGAGGAAACUGAUGAUGUAGAUGAAUAUUGUCAUGUCAAAGAAGAGAAAACUGAAGAUAUUGAAACUGUUUAUCAGUGUAAUUUGUGUGAUGAGGAAUUUAAAUCUGAAACUGAUUUAGAAAAACACUGUGAAAUGCAUGUUAAAGAAGAGGAAUCUGUUUUACAACAUGGUAAACAUUGGGAGGAAAGUUUUAACCAGGAUAAUGAAAAAGAAAUACACAAUUCACAAGAGUUUAAGAAGUGUGAUGUUUGUAGCAAAUCAUUUAACAAAUAUUACCUUAAAAUUCAUUUGAAAAAUCAUACACGGGAAAAACCUUGCAAAUGUGAUGUCUGUAGUAAAUCAUUUACUAACCGAACGGAUCUACAGAGACAUAUCAGAAUUCAUACUGGUGAAAAACCAUUUACGUGUGAUGUUUGCAGUAAAUCAUUUACUCUCAAUUGCGAUCUACAAAGACAUAUCAGAAUUCAUACUGGUGAAAGGCCUUUUACAUGCAAUAUUUGUAGUAAAUCAUUUACUCAGUGUAGUCCACUACAGAGACAUAUCAGAAUUCACAGUGGACAAAAACCAUUUAAAUGUGAUGUUUGUUAUAAAUCAUUUGCUAGAAAUUGUCACCUUCAGAGACAUAUUCGAAUUCAUAGUGGCGAGAAGCCUUUUACAUGUGAUAUUUGUAAUAAACCCUUCACUGAUAGUAGUGGUCUUCAACAACACAAGAGAACCCAUAUAGGAAAAAAGCCUUUUACAUGUGAUGUUUGUUGUAAAUCAUUUACUGAAAGUACUCAUCUUCGGAGACAUAUCAGAAUUCAUACUGGCGAAAAGCCGUAUAAUUGUGAUGUUUGUAGUAAAUCUUUCACUGAUAGUGGUGGUCUACAGCAACACAGAAGAACUCAUACGGGAUUAAAGCCUUAUAAAUGUGAUGUUUGUAGUAAAUCAUUCACAGAGAGGGGUAAUCUACAGAGACACAUGAGAAUUCAUACAGGCGAAAAGCCGUAUAAGUGUGAUGUUUGUAGUACAUCAUUUACUGACAGCAGUACUCUCCAGAAACACAAGUGGAUUCAUAUUGAUGGAAAACUUUAUCAAUGUGAUGUUUGUAGUAAAGCAUUUAGUAAUAGUACUAGUCUACAAACACACAUGAGAAAUCAUAGUGGCGAAAAACCUCAUAAGUGUGAUGUUUGUAGUAAGGCAUUUAUAUACCAUAGUCAUUUACAGAGACACAUAAGAAUUCAUACUGGUCAAAAACCAUAUAAAUGUGAUGUUUGUAGUAAAUCAUUCACAAGGAGUAGUUUGCUGAAAAGACACAUGAGAAUGCAUCCAAGUGAAAAACCAUAAAAAAAAAAUUACGGUGUAGUAAGAACUGGAGUUAAUGUACAUCCGACCUCUGAAUAUUCUGGCACUCUGUGAAAUCUGACAUCAUUUUCAUGUCUGGAUUUAUUUCCUGAUUACUUCAUUUAAAACAUCUUUUGAGUAAUCCAUACUCUGAAUAUUCCGAAUUACGACAUCAAUCAGCUGUCCCGUCACAUGAUUUGCAUUGAAUCAACAUUGUAUAAUCCUGUAAAUGUAAAAUGUGUGAUCGUCCUGCAAAGCGUUGAAGAAUUCUGCAUGCGCAUUCCGACUCUUGUUGAAGGGUAUUCUCCUGAAAACAAUUUUGACCUGCCAGUCAAUUGGUCGGCCAAUCGCAAGGCUUGGAUGACAAGUGGUAAUUAUUCUGAUUGGCUCAAAAAACUCAACCGUCAACAACAGAAAGAAUGACAGGUUAUCAAUGACAGUAAAGAUAAGCGUGCAAUCAACUGAAGACAGAGACGAUGACGAAGAUAAAUUAACGACAGACUUGACCUAUUCCAAAUGCCCACGCAUGGUUAAUGAAAUAAAAACAUUUGCCCAGAUUAAGGACAAUGCGAUGGUCGAUUAGAUUUGAGUGCUAGAGGAUUGCGUCCAGGACUCGGCGUUACAGUAUGCAUCUGAAAAUCAAAAGCAAGCGACUUUAAAUGUUUACAUGAAUACAUGCUUUGUUAUUGUAGAGAGGGAGAGAAAUGGGGUUUAACAUCCACUCGACACAAACUAGGUCAUUUCGGGACUAACACAUGGUUCAAUUUUAUUUCAAUCAUUCGCUUGUGCGUAAGGGUCUUUAACUGUGGGAGGAAACCGGAGAAAACCCACGAGGUUCGACAGGCGACCCUACUCCUUGUCACUUACAACCGGGGAAUCGAAACCCCACCAGUUGACUCAAUGACAGACCGUAUGAUACAGCGCGCGCUAACCAUUCAGCCAUCCAACCCCCCAAAUCUGUAGUAGAAUUCUCUCUCUUUCUCUCCCAUUAUUUUAAUGUGAAAUGAAAUGAUAUGGGGUUUAACAUCCUAUAUAUUAAUGUAAUAACAUUUUGAAUGUACAGAAAGAUUUAUCAUUUUAAAGGAAAUAACAUUCUGGGGAUUCAAAGCUACAUUAUAAUAAUACUUCCGGUUUUAGAAGUUACAAUAAUACUUGCAGUUUUGAUAAAACUGGGUAUUUCGACACUCUGCGCAAUCCGACAUAUUGUAACGAUCCCGUACUAUGUCAGAUUUGAUAGAGUGCUAACAUUUCUAAAGGAGACAAAUUCUUAUAAUAAAUUUUAAUUAUAUAUAUUUAGCCCAGUUCGGAGCAGAACAUUAGGACGUUCUGAUUGUAUAUAAAUUUUAAUUGUAUAUAUUGUAUCAUGGGUUGAGUUUUAAAUAUUUAUAUCUGUAAAGGAUUUGUAAUUUGUUUUAUUGACAUAUAUAAAUACAUCUCUGUGAUAUUGUUUUAAUUUGUCUCGUUAAAUUCAACAUAUGUUUGGUGCAAUAUAGACUCAUUGUAGCUGUCGUGCCAUCAUACUCCAUUUAAAAUCUAGCUGUCACUCAUUUGUAGGUAAUGACUUCAAUACAUUAAGGGGUGGCCUCCCCCCUUAAGCAAAACACCAUUCAGAGAACUUAAAUAACCUAUAUAAACAUAUAGUAUUAUCAUAUUGGAUGACCUCGGUUUUUCGUCCCAUCCGAAGGACAGCUGUCUAGUCGUUCGAAUGGGACGAAAAACCGAGGUCCCAUGUACAAAUUGGUGUGCACGUAAAAGAUCCCUUGACAAUUGGAAUUUGAUAUAAGAGUAGGCUGUAGUGCCGCUGUCCGGGCAAAAUUUCCCUCAUAGCACACUGUAUGGCGUAUGCCCGUCUUCAUUAGCCCAUUUUAGGAGCAGAACAGUAGGACGUUAAACCCCAUUUCAUUGGCGUGCACGUAAAAGAUCCCUUGACAAUUGGAAUUUGAUAUAAGAGUAGGCCGUAGUGCCGCUGUCCGGCCAAAAUUUCCCUCAUAGCACACUGUAUGGCGUAUGCCCGUCUUCGUUAGCCCAUUUUAGGAGUAGGACGUUAAACCCCAUUUCAUUUCAUUUUCAUAUAGGAUGAUUGUCAAAUAAUCGAGACUUUGUUAAUGAACAUUGGUAGCAAUUGCCAUGGAGACCACAUUCUUCUUCAAGGGGUCAUAACUCCGCUUGUGGCCACUCCAGAAGUCACUACAGUAGAACUUGCUCGGGCGUGCACUCCUAAUCAGCGAACACUUGCUUCAACGAGCACCAAAAAAUCCACUCGCGCUAUUUUUAAGUAAUUUAACCCCUACUAAACACGCACCUGUUUAACGCGUGCAACGGGCGGGCAUCACGUUUAAUUCCCCCCGUAAAAAUUCUACUGUUUCAACGGUCACUAUUUUACUAAUAAAUUCAACAAAACAUCGCCCAUUCAACGGCCAUUGUUGAAUGAUACCAUCUUGUCGUUCUUUCUUUGUAACAUGCCCGCUAAUCCCGUGAGUAGUAGUUAAUUAAUUGGACCCCCACUGAUCAGGUAAAAUGAAAUGUAAAAAUAACAAUCACCCUGGGAUUAUUUGUUUAUUAAUCUUUUGUUUUAUUAAAUGACUAACCUGAUCAUUGUUUUCACGCGUAACGACACAUUAUUUGAUACUGAUUGAAUAAAAUGAAAGUACCAAGUUUUGUCACGAUCAUCUAGUAUUUCUUUUCCAUUGCCACUUUGUUGUUAAACAGACGUUUUAGCGCCCCCUAUAAUAUUACAUACAGAGUUACACCCCCAGUAAAUCGGUGAUAAUAUCAGCGAUGGUUUUUUGUUCAUGUGCUUUUUUGAUAAAAUAAAAUUAAUUCAUCGAUUUUCUUCACAAAAAUGGAUAAAUAUUAUCAAAUGCAUCAUAAUGGUAGACAGUAGUAUCGAAGGUUGGUACAAAAUGGCAAGUUUACAGAAGUUAUGUUCGAGAUUUGAGUAACGUAUUUUCGUUCGGCGCAAGAUUCAGCGACGGUCAAAUUUAUCGAUGCAAGUAUUGAUGUUCGCUCCCAAUGCACCCAAGCGUAAUUAAUUUAUGUCAGCACAAAAAGCACCGAGAUUUUAUUAAGUGGUCGCGUAAUCGCUUAAAUAGUUGGGGUGGGAAAUCAUCAAAUUCACGGCAUUUUGAAACGCUUUUAGACGCUAUGAUUCAGUAUGAUGAAAGUAAAAGAAAUAUUGGGGGCCAGAGAUCCAGUAUUACUAAACAAACAUGUAUACGCGACUACAUUGUACUUUGAAUUCACAACUAGAUAAAAAAAAGUACAUGUAUUGUUAUUGUUAUACUACAUGAAUAAAAA